AAAUGAUUUUACAAUAUUGUUUGAUCUCUGGUUGAGUUACCGCUCGUCUAAACAGUUCCAGCGUUCUUUCCUUCCCCGAGUCCUUCAGUGGUUGUGGUUCAGUAUAAACCAUGGCACCCCGUAAGGGAAAAGUUCAAAAAGAGGAGGUGCAGGUCCAACUUGGCCCACAAGUACUUGAUGGUGAGAAAGUGUUUGCUGUUUGCCACAUCUAUGCCAGCUACAAUGACACAUUCGUACAUGUGACAGAUCUGUCUGGACGUGAGACCAUUGUCCGUAUCACUGGAGGGCAGAAAGUAAAGGCAGAUCGUGAUGAGUCAUCUCCAUAUGCUGCUAUGUUGGCAGCUCAGGAUGUUGCAGAAAAAUGUAAGACCUUAGGCAUCAAUUGCUUGCACAUCAAGAUUCGUGCCACAGGUGGUAACAAAACAAAGACUCCAGGACCUGGUGGCCAGUCUGCACUGCGAGCUCUGGCCCGUGCUGGCAUGAAGAUUGGACGUAUUGAAGAUGUCACUCCAGUGCCCUCUGACAGCACCCGUAGGAAGGGAGGUCGUCGUGGCAGGCGUCUGUAAUUUGAGGGCUGUAAUAAAUUUCAUCGUUUA